AAUGACAAUUGGAGGUUUUGAAAUUGUUUUUUUUAUAAAUAAAUAAUAAUAUUUUGUUGUUUUCCGUGUGUUGUUAAACAAAUAAUUUGGUACAAAAUUGAAUUUUACACUUUAUUGGAUAGUUUUGUUUGAUUAAGAUUGUUAUUUGAGAUUUUUAAAUCAUGAUUGUACUGAUGUUUCAAGAAAGCGUCAAGCAAGCUUUGUGUUGAAAUUGCUGCGAAUUUGCAGCUUUUUUCGUUUAUAUUUAGUCGUGUAUUGAGUUUAAACUGAUGAAAAAUUUAUUACGAAAUUGUUUAGUUGUUGUGUGUUUUUAAAUAUUACGCGAAAAUUACAUGAAUUACUCGUGGUGGUGAUAAUAGAAGCCGAGCCAUAGCCAAUGAUUAGUCGUGAUUUUAGAUAGUUUUUUGACAAUAAAAAAGACGCUUUCAGUGAACGUUUAUUUAAUAAAUAAUUCUGUUUCUUAUUGAAUAUUAAGUUUUUGUUAAUUGGAGGGACGAAGUUUGGAAAACAUUUUGAAAAAAGAAGAACGAACUUAAAGAAUUUAUUCAUCUUUACGUUUUCGAUACAAGUCACGAGUUUUAUAAGGAUUAUACUGAUUGAAAAAAGAAAAUUUAACUGCGUGAAAAUGAUGAUGAAUUGUUAACCCUAACCUCAAUUGUUUCCAACUUCAAGACGGCGCAAAGGGACCAGAGUAGCCGUAACGAAACUGGAUAUAUCACAAAUUUACUAAAUUCUUUCAAUUUGUCUAGUAACGUGCCUGUGAAUAAUCAGCCAAGGUGGAGAGAGGAGUCAAGUAGUCAAGAAACUUAUAGUGCCAGUAAAAGACUAGGUUUUAGUUGGGGAGGGAUGCCUCGCAGUAAGCGAAGAGCGCCCUCCAGUACAAAUCAUAAUUCUAGGGACAUGUCACCUAGUGCUCAGGAAGAUGGUAUGCCAAGGCAUCCGUCGAAAAGACUCAGACAUACCUCUAAUGCUAGGCGUUAUUCAAAAUCAGAAGAUGUCACGAGUACGUCAUUUUCACAAAAAAAGUGCAUUGCAUGGUUCAGGGAGUAUACAACACCCGACGAUCCCGAUACCCUUGGUCCAGAUGGAAUGGAAAAAUUUUGUGAGGAUAUUGCCGUAGAACCAGAAAAUGUAGUGAUGCUGGUAUUAGCGUACAAAAUGAACGCUCGUCAAAUGGGCUUCUUUACAAUGAACGAGUGGCUCAAAGGUCUUUCAGAAUUGCAAUGCGACUCAAUUCAUAAAGUACAACACAAACUAGAAAGUCUCAGGAAUUUGCUGAAUGAUCCUCUUACAUUCAAGGGGAUUUACAGAUACGCUUACGAUUUUGCUAGGGAUAAGGAUCAACGAAGUAUGGAUAUGGAAACAGCAAGAGUGAUGCUGCAGUUACUUUUAGGAAAGCAUUGGCCCCUAUUUUCUCAAUUUGCACAAUUUCUUGAUCAGUCGAAGUAUAAAGUUAUCAACAAGGAUCAGUGGUGCAACAUUCUGGAAUUUUCUCGGACAAUUAAUCAUGAUUUGUCUAAUUACGAUUUAGACGGGGCUUGGCCCGUUAUGCUUGACGAGUUCGUCGAGUGGUUAAAAAUGCAAAGAGGAAUAGUGUCAACGGAAACCCGUAUCAGCUGAAACUUCGAAUCAAAAAUGAAAGGACAAUUUUUUAAAAAAAAAUAAAUAUCCAUCAACGCGACAACAUUCUUCUUCUUCUAUAUAUUCUUUGUUUUAAUUUAAUUUUUGUUCGUUUUUGAAAUUGUUUCGACAGCUUUUGUUAUCAAAUUAAUAAUUUUCUUUUCUUUUUUGGAAAUAAUUAUAGCUUGUGACCUAGAUAAUUCAUGACUGUGUCCAAAGUUUGUGUUUGUCUAUCGGUAAUAAAUUCAUCAAGUGUUUUACGAUCCACUUUGUAUUGUCCACACUUUUAAUGUUCGUGUCGCGCAUUUAUCGAUGUAUAUUUUAUUAAUUAUUAUUAUUAUUAUUACUGCAUAUUGUCAUCAUUUUUGACCUAGUGUUGCACGUAUUCUAGAAGAAUUUUCAAUGGAAACGCAAUCUUCGUUCUCGGAAUUUUUUUUCAUUUCCGAGAGAAUAUGUAAAUAGGUAAUCAAAUGUGCAACAUUUUUUCAAAGAUAUAUAUAUUUUUUUUACGUAAUUCAUUGUCCAUUAUUGCUUCUCGUACAUGUUUUCAAUUCAGAUUUCAUGUACACAGUCAUGCUCGGUCUUCAUUACAUUUGUAUAACAUUGAAACAAACAAACAAAACAAAAAAACAACAAAAGUCGAUUUGAUACAAUUAUAUCAUUGACAUGAAACAAUCAAAGGUUUUUGUGUAAGGAAUGCAAGCUCAAUUCUUGUAUCUCGAAAUGUAUUUCAGGCCUGUUCAAUAACUAGAAACUUACAGUUAGGUAAAUUAUAUAGUGUAAUACUCUUUUGAAAAAGAGCGUCAGUUUUCGUUUUCUUAUGAUCUGUAUAGUAACUACGAUGUGAUAAUUAAUUAGGAAAUCUUCGGAAGACCUUUUUCUUUUCUUCUUUCUCUUAUUUUUUUUUUUUUUUUUUUUUUUUUUUUUUUGUGAAAAUUGAACAGUUUUGGAUUUUUAUCAAACUUUGUUAUACUUUGUAGAAAAAGAAAAGUUUUUUGUGAAAGUCAGAUGAAUAUUACUGAGAAAAAAAUGAAACUUUGCGGUUCCAAUUUCGUGUAAUAGGUCCUUUAUUUUUGUUUCGAAAUUCAAAAUUUUAUUGUAGACACUUGGAAGAAAAUAUAGCGGAACUGAUUUAAUUA